CCCCACCGCCAUCAGCAAACCGCUCGCCCCCAACGCCAUACACGCUGUCUGUCAUCUGCCCGGUACAGUUGAAACCGGGAAGAGCACACUUCUCCAGCGUGCCAGUGGCCAUCGAAGGUGAGCAUUUGCCCACUGAAGUCAGUUACGACGCCGAACUGCAGUCAGGUCAAGACCCUGGUGAGGAUGACGAGCACAGUUUCAUCGGCUGUCCGGGUGGCUGGUCUCUGAUGAUCCCGCAGGUGAAGAAUCCGGAUGUGGAGGUCCUGGGCUGGCGUGGUUACACAUGGCCUGCUGCUGUGAGGCUCGUUGAACAUACUGCCAAAUUCUCGAAAAUGUGUUGGGAGGCGGCUUAUGUUAGAAAAUGAACAUUCAAUUAUCUGGCAAUAUCUCUGGUGGACAUUCCUGCAGUCAACAUGCCAAUUGCACACUUCCUCAACUUCAGACAUUGGCCUCCCGAGUGGUGCAGCGGUCAAAGGCACUUCAUCGCAGUGUUUGAGGCGUCACUAGAAACCUGGGUUCAAUCCCAGGCUGUGUCACAACCAACCGGGAGUCCCAUAGGGCGGUUCACAAUUGGCCCAGCGUUGUCUGGGUUAGGGGAGGGUUUAGCUGGCUCAAUGCUGUCAUGAGACCAGAGAGGAGAGGAGAGCAGAGGACAUGAGGAUGGGAAAUGUUCCUAGUCUCUUUUUCCCUUGUGGGUGGAGGAUUGGGUGGAGGACAGCCCGCAUGGGGCUGAUGCCCUCAUUAUUUCAACUCCUUUGUUUCCCACAGUUGGCAAGCACAGUACCCCUUUCUUUGUCAUAUAGUAUAUUAAUGCAACCUUAACAUCCAGUACAUUCUCUCCUCUCCAACUGACCCAUCCUUUUUCUAUCCUCAUCCCUUACAUGCUCACUCUCCUCCUACUUCAUUGAACCAUAUCUUAUGGAGAACCCAGAACAGUCAUGGUGUUAGUUGAGGAGCUCUGGAGACUGGUAGCUGUGUCCGUUGGCCCACAGUAGAAACUGCAAGCUGUCAUUAGUAGGCUGUUGAUUAGAGAAUAAGGCCUGGACCUUUCUAAUCAGCUGUUUUGCAUGCUAUUCCUGAUAUAGCCUAGCUCUGUCUGUCGGGGGGGAUUCAACUGCACGUUUUGGAUUAGCUCCCUGGUGUUGUGAGUGAAAGAUUCGAAGUAGAGGACUCCGUAAAGAGUGAGCCUGUGCUGUACUGUGUUUGUGGUGUCCCAGCCCAGUGGACUGACUGUAUGUGUUUAGACUCGUCUCUCUAAGGGCCCUACUGCCUGCUAUACAGACACACCCACAAGGACCAAUCCUCCUUUCCUCCUCGCCCUGCGCCUGGGGACACACUGUGGUGGUGUGAUGGGAUUGGCUGAAUAGCGAGAGACGCUCCCCUACCAUCGAGGACACUCUGCAGAUGAGAGGUGGUCGUCUGCCCGUCCAAACUGCCCAAAAGACCUUCUCCCCAUCUGUCCUCACCUAAGAUGGCUUCCCACGGCCUUCUCCUGCACUGGAACGGACUGGAGCAGAGCUGUGCCCUACCAUGGUGAUCAUCUUCUCAAAAACACUGGAAAAGAAGAAAGGUGGCGAUCAUGUAAGGGCUAAGGACACUGAAUAUUUGCUGCUGCGUGAGCGCCACACCAUGAGCAGAGGGACUACCCUCUUCUCCUGUGGCACUGUGGAGGCAGACAGGUGGCUGGACCUUGGCCGAGGCUGUGCCAUCCAGCGAGGGACGCCCUGCGAGUCCGGCGCCAGUCUGGAGAGCCUGUGGGAUGUUCUGCCCGAGGAGUGCCAGCGGAGGAGCCUGGUCUGGGGCCACGAGAUUGGCCCUGCCACCGCCAUCACCAGCCUCAUUCGAGACCUUAACCUUGGCGAUGCCAAGCUGGCAGCCACCCAGUCCCUGGCCCUCGCCAACUCCCCUUCAGCCUCCACGGCACCCCCUAGCAAGCGCCAGUGCCGCUCACUCUCCUUCUCUGAAGAGUUUGGUGGCUGCCGGUCUUCAUGGAGACCUCAGGUGUCGCGAGUGUGGACGGCGGUGGAGAAGAGGAGGUGCCACAGUGGGGGGAGUGUGCAGCGCUGCUCUGGAGGAGGUGGUAUAGGAGGUGGUGGAGGUUAUUCAGGGGGUAAUUUUCCUGCCAUGCAGCGGAGCUCCAGUUUCAGCCUACCCUCACGCUCCAACAACCCCACAGACGGGGCUCUGGAGCUGCCCUGCUUCACCCAGCGCCUGCCCCUUCACCCCCUGUUCACUGCCUCCCCUACGUCCCCCUCCCACCACCACUACCACCACUCCCUCAGGCCCCUCUCCCUGUCCCAUGAGCAGAUCAGCCUGCCAGAGCAUCACAGGGAGGGGGCCAGCUCCCCGGACUUCACCCAAGAGAUGGGGAGACGUGCUGGACAGAGGGCAGGGGGGACUGGGGGCCUGUCCCGGAGCAAGUCCCAGCCCUGCGUCCUGAACGAUAAAAAGAUCGGCAUGAAGCGCAGGAGACCAGAGGAUGCACAGGAACCACGGCCCUCCCUGGACCUGGCUAAGAUGACCCAGAAACUCCAGACGUUCCACAGCUUGAGCUGCCCUGGGUUCUCUGGUCCGGACAGCUGUCGCUCAUACAUGCCCCCGCCCUCCACCAGGAGCUUGAGCCAAUCGGAAUCUGACUUCGCCUGUGCGUCUGACCUAUGUGCUGAGACUCAACAGGAAGUGGACGAGGAGGAGGAUGACUCUUCUUAUAAGGAGCUGGACAGUGACUCAGCGUGUAGCCUGGACUCCAGGCCCGGGUCCCCAUGCAGGGGAGGGGGGGAGAGAAUGGGGCAGGGACACACCCCCUGGAAGGGUGAGUAUGGGACAGAGAAGGACAUCUACCAGCUGGGGGGUGAGCUGGACAUCGACCAGAUCGAGAGGAACUGAAUGCAACCUGAAGCCUUUGGAUAAAGGAUUGUCAUAACCUUUUAUGAAGGCUGAGGAAUGUUUCUGAAGGUUUGCCGGAGAAUUUGGAAUUUCAUGACCACGAGAAGGAUGCCUUAUGUAUGAUAGGUGGAUAUUGAGCAGGUUGAAAUGACCUCAGAGAGAGGAACCUAGCGAUUUUAGACAGUGGUUUUUGGAACAUUAUAAGGAUGUUUGUAUAUGCAGUGGGGGGGAUGUUGUAUUGUGUGUAAUGUCAACGAAGGACAAAGCACGUGGAAGUGUCAAUAGAAGGUGCUGCAUGUUGAAUUGGCAGAUGGCUUCUUUGGUUGAACUUUGAGAUCUUGCAGGACAAACAGUUGUUUUGAACUGUCUCGUUGUCUUUCUGAAUCUAAAGGCAGUGGCUUUCGCUUGGCGACGUGCAGCCUAACUCAGGAGUGGGAAAGUGAGGGAUAGUCUUUAAUACCUCCAAAAAGCCCUCUCUCCUCUUAGCCUGAGUACCCCCCUAUACACCUGGACUGAACUGCAGCAGGAAUAUGCUACAACUUCUGCUUUUCUCUACCAGAAUGGGGGGGGGGGGGACAUGAUGGACCGGGAGAGAGGGAUGAAAUGGAAGAGGAGAGAAACAGUAUUUUUUUUCUCAUAGACAUCACCUUGACACUUUUCUUCAACUAUACCUGCAGGAAGGACACUCCCUGUUGAAUUCCAGGUUAGCCCCUAGCCUCUAUACCCUAUUCCCUAGCCCCUAUACUCUAGGCACUCCUGUAGAUAUGAAAGGAAGAUGGUACCAGUAUUAUGGUCAUUUCUUCACCUUCCCUUCUAACAGGCGGUGUGGAGUUUUCACCAUAUUGCUUACCUACCCAAGGGUUUCAGAUUGCCUAGGGGAUAGGGGUCAAUUUGGAAUUCCGAAGGUGUUCACACACCAUCGCUGAAUGUAAAUAAGCUUUUAAUGGGUUUGGAAAUAACAGGCAAUUUGGUCGGUCAGAUACAUGUGUUGUCUUCACACCUCAGAAUACCCUACUCGAAACAAACCUUUAUGACGUUUAAUAGAUUCUAAUAUGCAAAAUGUAUAUUUGAAUAAACACUGAAUUUUAAGUUUUCAGUUCUAAUAUCAAUGUAUAUUUUUCUAAAUGUAUUUUUUAUGAUCUGUUUGUGAAGGAUCUGAAUUAAGAGGCUUUUCUUUAACAGGAUAGACAUGAAAUAAAAACACAAACUGCC